ACCAAACGGGGGAGAAUGUAUUCAAGGAUGUUGAAGAAUGGUGUACACCGGUUUGGGAAAACGUCGUUAGGUAGGCCUACAAACCGUCAUGAAACGUAGUAAACGUUGAGGCGAACUGAACGUUCAUUUGCCUAGAUUUCAGGUAGGCUACAUUCCCUGUGAUUUGAGAACAACGAGGUAUGACAGGAGGACAUUUGCAUAGAUCUCCGCCCCCAAUGCUUUCGUUGCGUAGUAGUACAACACAAAACACCUUCACAGUUCUCAAAGUUCAGUAUUUCAGAGACUGGACCUAGUUAGUUUACUCUGCUACAAUAUUUUAGUGAUAGACGUUCGCACGCGCGCACUCAUUAUCUAGCCAAAGUUUCAACCUGGGUGGAAUUUAUUCUUCGCACUCGCAGCAAGAUGUCUAUUCAGAAUACCUCCACGUCAUACAGGACCGUCAGCGUCUCGUCGGACCCAGCCACCACAGUUCUAUCGCCGGGCCAAUACAUCGACGGUUACAGAACUAUGAGUGUUUCGUCUGCUCCGGUACAGUAUGGCAUCGGUAAUGGCUACGAUACCGUGCGCUACCUAAUGCCAGUUCAGCAGGCGAGUCAGCAGCAGCAGAUGCAGUAUGUGCUGGUCAACCAGGCCCCUCAGGUUAUGCAGCAGAUGGUGUCACCUGUAUAUUUGCAGAAUAUCCAGAGGGUCCGUGUAAAUAGUUUGGAAGAAUCAGACAUCUACCGAGAACAAAUUGUAGAGAACGUCAAUGGGAAAACCCCUUCUGUAUUCAGCCAGAUGUCUAGCUCCAUCAAGAGCCCUGAGCCUAGUGUUGAAGAGGAGGAGGAGGAGGAGGGGGAGGUGGAGGAGGUUAAAGAGGAGAUGGUGAACAUCGUUAAGGAGAAUGUGGUGAAGAGGGUGAUAGAGAGCGUGUCUCAGGUGGGGAUAAAGAGUGAGGUGAGGGAGGUAGUGCCCGUGGUGAAGAUGGACACACGUUUCUUCGGAGAGCUACUGGCGGAGGUUUACAGGAAGAACUGUGACAUCCACACCUGCAUCUCAGAACACGUGGCCAAGAUACGUGGAAGGAAACACCUCUUAGAUCCCAGUAAUGACUACAAGGUAAAGAGAGAGGACAUCGAGGCCCUGAUCCCCAAAGGAGCAUCUGAGCUGACCAAACAGCAGCUCCGCUACCUGCUGCAGACCCGUAUGACAGCAGACAAGACCAUGCGUCUCCUUCUGACCACCUUCAGCAGCCUGAGGGAGGAGCUGAUCCACAUGUCAGAGGAUCUGAGGCGUCUGGAGAGUGAGAAGGAGUCCCUGGAGAGAGACCUGAGUUUCAAGGCUGACCAGGCUGAGCAGUAUGACCGCCUCCUAGAGGCCAUACGAGAGAACAACAGACAGCUACAGAUAUCUCUGAAGGAGACCAGCUCCAGCCAGCGGACCCUGGAGACUCAGCUCCUGAGCAGCCGCACUACAGACUCAAACAGGGACUUCCGCAUCAAAGAACUGGAGGGCAGCUACCGAGCCCUGGAGAAGGAAAAUGAGAUGCUUAAACAGAAGUUGGCUGGCCAGUGCAGCAGUAGCACCAUUCAGAUGAAUACAGAGGAGCUGUCAUGUCAGUACUCAGAGCAGCUAGCUGCCCUGCGCCAGGAGAAGGACAAGGAACUGCAGAGCCUCAGGUCCCAGCUGACGCAGAUCACCACAGAGUACACCACGGAGAGGUCAGGUGACAAGAGCCUGCAUCUCCGCAUCACACAGCUGCUGACAACACUGGAGCAGCGGGAGGUCGUCAUCAAACGUCAGGAAGAGGACAUCUGGCGGUUGCAGCAGGAGAAGAAGAGAGACAGCUCCAAGAACGUCACCACGACCACUAUCACCAAAAGGUACAGGAACCAGUACCCCCUCCUGGGCCUGCUAACUGAUGACUACAAUUCCACAUCGCCUGUCAAGGAUACCAAGACCAUCGUAAUCGAGAGCCGGACGGGGGAGAUGAUCAAACAGGAAAUCAUUACAAGCCCUUAAAGACACUGCUUCUCUCGGACAAAUUACAACCCCUUAAAGACACUGCUUCUCUCUGCUCUGCACAGGAAUGAACGACAAGAAGAUCUUGACCCCCCCCCCCCCCCCCCAGCAUGCUUCCCUCUCCCCGUCCCUUGUCCUCGGGGCUCCCAGGGUGGUGGUGGCAGGGGUUCAGCACCCCUAUAUAUGGGAUGGGUGGUUUUGACCAAAUGGGGUUUGCUUGGACAGAAGGCUUCACUUUGGCUGGGAUGGGGGGCAUCAAAUACUCAACAACCAAAUAUGUUAUAGUAGAAGCUUAGCGGUUAAGAGUGUUAGGCCGGUAACCAAAAAGGUUGCUGGUUCGAAAUCCCUGAGCCGACUAGGUGAAAACUCUGUCUGUGCCCUUGAGUAAGGCACUUAACCCUAAUUUCUCCAGUAAGUCACUCUGGAUAAGAGCGUCUGCUAAAUGACUCAAAUGUAAAAUGCUUAUGCUACAGCCAGGAGGGCUGAGAGUGGACAGGAAGAGGGGGCUGGGGCUUAUUCGUAUGCAGCUCACUAGUGUGUCUGUCCUCCGUGGAGCCACCACUACCCUGCUAGUCUUUAGGACAUCUCCUCUAAAUGUGCUAUGGUGAUAGUAUGGUUACUAUGCAUAUAAAUAAGGAAGCUAAAUAUGCUUUAAUUAUGCGCUAAUUAAAGAGACUGUAUGGUAAAAUUAGCUUUGUUCUGCCUCUGUUCUGGUCUUUUGCUUUUCUUUUGUGGCAAGGUACAUAGUUGUGUUAUGUUUCAGCUGCAUUUUGUUUCAUGUUUAUACCUUAAGAGGUGCAUGGGUAUGUUUUGUUGUUGUUAUUGAAUGGAACGCUGCGCUUGGGGUUGGGGGGUUGGAGUGGGGUUGGGGAGGGGUGUAUUAGAAUAUCAGUGACUGGGUUGGACAUGGCCUGGGGCAUGGUUCUAUGGAUGAUAUAAAAUGGUGGAUGAACUGAACAUUUUAAAAGUAAAAUGAACAAUGUAUGAAGUAGCAUGUUUUUCCUUUGGAUUGUUAUCUGCUGAAGGGUAUUUCAUUGCGGUGGUAAAUGCUGUCCCUUUGAAACCAUAUAAAAACACUUUCAAAUGACAAAAUGUUUUCCAUUUUAUGUCACUAUUAUUUAAUAAGAAAACAUAAACUCAGCAACAAAAAGAAACAUCCCUUUUUCAGGAUCCUGUCUUUUCAAAGAUAAUUAGUAAAAAUGUAAAUAACUUCACAGAUCUUCAUUGUAAAGGGUUUAAACACUGUUUCCAAUGCUUGUUCAAUGAACCAUAAACAAUUAAUGAACAUGCACCUAUGGAACGGUCGUUAAGACACUAACAGCUUACAGACGGUAGGCAACUAAGGUCACAGUUAUGAAAAAUUAGGAGACUAACGAGGCCUUUCUACUGAGUAUGAAAAACACCAAAAGAAAGAUGCCCAGGGUCCCUGCUCAUCUGUGUGAACGUGCCUUAGGCAUGCUCAAGGAGGCAUAAGGACUGCAGAUGUGGCUAGGGCAAAAAAUUGCAAUGUCCGUACUGUGAGACACCUAAGACAGCGCUACAGGGAGACAGGAAGGAUAGCUGAAUGGCCUCACAUCUCAGCUAGAAUGGGCAAAUCUGGUGCAGUCCACGAUGAGGAGAUGCACUGCAGUACUUAAUGCAGCUUGUGGCCACACCAGAUACUGACUUUUACUUUUGAUUUUGACCCCCAUUUUGUUCAGGGACACAUCAUUCAAUUUCCGUUUGUCACAUGUCUGUGGAACUUGUUCAGUUUAUGUCUCAGUUGUUGAAUCUUGUUAUGUUCAUACAAAUAUUUACACGUUAAGUUUGCUGAAAAUAAACGCAUUUGACAGUGAGAGGACGUUUCUUUUCUUGCUGAGUUUAUGUAAGUCCUUUAUACUUCAACAAAUCUAUUAGUGUGCAUUGUACAAACUACUGGGGGCUAGACAACUGGCUUGUUCCCGGGGUUAUGUGUAGAGGUGUAGUGACAUGUUUUGGGGAUUUAGAGAUCGAUCUAGUAUUUUGAAUUCUAGACAGUGAACAAAAGUAUUUAAUUUAUUGUAUAGAUCAAUAAAAACAAAGAAGGCUAUUAAAAUCAUUUCUUUUUUUACUAGUAUAAUGUGUGUCCCUCAGUUUUAUGUCAUUGGUGUUACCGCCUUGAAAAUCACUGAUAUACAAGAACCUUGAGCAUUCUCUCCGGUGGCAAACUGUUAUCAGGGGAGGGGUUUAUAUUAAAUACAAUUAUUGGCUACUCACA